AUGUCUGUUCACAAUGGAAAACAGAGUCAGUUUCUUCGACGAACAAAACUUGUGUUUGGCUCGCCACACAUCCUACUCAAUAUCGGUGGUAUUUCGUGUGCCGUCGUGUUCCUGUUCGGAUUCUCCAUCGGCUGGGGUCCUUUGCCCAUUUUGCUAACCAUGGAUCUGUUCCCCACGUCGACUCGGGGAUUUGCAGUCGGAUUUGUCGUGGCUGUGAGUUGGGUGGUCAGUCUGGUUGUCACGGCCAUGUUCGAACCGCUCGUUUUGCAUUUGGGCUCGGCUGUGGUAUUUUGGAUAUUCGCAGUGUUUUGCGCUGCUGCGUUCCUGUUCACCCGACGGUACGUGCCCGAAGUUUUGCCGACAGAGUUCCAUUGA